AUGGAGAAUAAUGAUAAUCUUGAGACAAAAAAGCUUAUAAAUGAAAACAUUAUUCUCAAACAAGAGAUAGAAAAGCUAAAAUCUCAGCUAAACGAAGCAUUGCCUGUGGCAAAUCAAAUUGACAAAAUAUUUCGAGACAACAUUCAGUUAACAAAUCAAAUCAGGAAUUACGAAGCAAUAAAUGACGAUGUGCAAAGGCGUUUAAGGAUAACAUUGCAAAAAAAUAAAGAUAAUUCACCAUGUUUACAAGAAAAUGAUUCGAAAGCAGGUAGAUCGUGUCAAUCAACAAAUACCGAAUAUCCUUAUAUUGAUGAAAAAGAAUUAGAUCAAAAGAUUUCAAAUUUAUCAAAUCAAAAUCAGUUUUAUAGUACUCAAAUCGCUAAACUUCAGCGUGAUUUAAAUAGUAUUUUUGAAUCAUCAACGAUUUACUUUUCUUAUCCAAUUAAAAAUGUCGAGAAACUCGUUGAAUUUUUCAAUACUAUUGAAAAGCCUAAUAUCAAUGGACAUAACUAUAUGAAUGUUGAUAACGAUCUCAAGAAAGCAUUCAAAUGGAAAGAAAAAUACGAAAACCUUAAAAAUCAACUCAAAUCAAUUCAAUUGAGCUUCGACAAAGAAUAUUCAAGAAUGGAAGAGAGUCACCAAAUCAAGAUGCACGAAAUACAGACUUUACUUGAUGAAAAACAAAAGAUUAUUGAAAAUUUAUCCAAUAAAAACGAAAAAUUGAUGGAAUAUAGAGAACAAACAAUAGUUCAGUCAUCAAAAGAAUCACUUGAGAUAAAUCUUAAACUAAAUACUAUAGAAUCUCAAUUAAUUGGUGAUAAACAGGAAAUGUUAUAUAAAAUUCAGAAUUUAACCCAAGAUUUACAGAAAGCAAAGAAGGAAUCUGAAGUUAUUAAAAAUCAGCUUCGAAAACAAAUCGAAAGUUUUCAAAAUCUCAAAAAUGAAUUCAAUAAUCAAAGAGAAAAGGUUACAAUAUAUGAAAAGGAAAACUCAAUGUUAAAGCAAAGAUUGGAUAUUCUUUCUGCUUUGAAAUCAAACCAAAAAAUCGAAGAAAUUAAAGAAAUCCAAAUUCCAAAAGAAAAUCAAGAUUUAGAACUUCUAAAAGUUAAAAAUGAUCAUAUUGAAAAGCUUGAAAGCCAAUUGAUCGAAAUUAAACUAGAAAAUCAAAAUAAUAAAAAUUAUAUUCAGGAAUUGCAGAAUGAAAACAUGCUACUAGCUAAACAGAUCAAAGCUUAUCAGAAGGAUAUUGAAGAAAUUAAAGAACAAAAGCCAAAAAUUGUUAAUUUACCAAAAACAUCAAAUGUAAUCAAAAAUGAUAACAUUUGUAGCAAUAAAGAGGAUUUAAUUGACUUAGCAAUCUCUACAUUGGAUGAAUUUCCACCAGAUCUCAAGAAAAUUUUGAUUGAUUAUUGCAAUAAUGGAACAAUCUGUCUUCCGACCAAACUACGUCAAAUUUUCAGAAUGAUAAUUGAAUGGUAUAGCUCACAGACCUCUCCAAUUGAAAAUGAAGUAAAAAUUAAAAUUCCGAAAUUAGGAGCGUUCAAUUUGUCAUCAGAUAUUGAUAAAGGCUUAUUAAAUGAAUUUGUUGCAAAGAUUUACAAUGAAAAUGACAAAUUGCAAAACGAAAUUACUAUUUUGCAAAAUGCUUAUCAGAAACUACUUGAUUUGUUAAAUGUUAAUACAUUUGAAGAAGCUGAAUCAUAUAUUAAAAGGAUAAACUCUGAAAUUCAGAAACUUGGCAUUGAAAUCAAACAAAACGUUAAAAAACAGAAGAAAGCUGAUGUGAAUCAACAGAAAGAGUAUGUGAAGAACUGUGGAGAAAUGGAUGACUUGUUCAAUCGUUUAACAAUGUCCAAAGCAGAAAUUUCGGAAAUUAAGAGGAAAUAUGAUGAAACAUUGCAAGUAAACGAAGAACUUCAAAGGCAAUUGAAUUAUUCAAAGGAUUAUUCCGAGUCCAAACUAAACGAAUGUAAAAUUGCUUCGCAAACGAAAAUUGAUGAAAUUUUGAAUUCAAAUAAGCAAUUAAUGAACACUUUAGCAUUGGAAAGAGCCAAAAGUAAGGAUUUGUAUGAGAAGAACAACGCACUUUAUGAAGAAAAUAAAAUUUUGAGGCGAGAAAAAACAAAAUUAAACUCAAAAGUCGAAAAACUUCAAAGACAAAAAGAAACCAUUGUUGGAAAAUUGGAAAUGCAGAAUAAGGUGACAAUUCUAGAACUCAAAAAUCAGCUUUCUGCUCUUAAAGAACAAAAUGAGAUUAUUUAUGAGAAUGAUCAAUCACAGAUUAGCCGAUUGAGCGAUUCAAAUCGAAAGUUAAUGCAAGACAAAGAUAAAACUGACGAGAUUAACUCUGAACUAGUGAAAACAAAUAAUCAAUUGUCAAUUAAGGUUCAAAAACUAGAACUUCAAAUCACAGAGUUGCAAAAUAAAGGAACUCAAAUGAAGAAGAUGCUUGAAGAGCAGAUGAACUCAACAGAUAUUAUUAACAAUUUUAAAUUUGAAAAUCAAAUCAAUAGUUUGAGAGAUGAAUUCAGUCAAGAGAAAAGAAGGAUAUUUGGGUUUGUAGCCAAAGAGUUUUCUUUUAUAUUUGAUCCUUCGCAAGAGCUUAAUGACCAGAAUUUCGAAAUAUUUAUACAAAAUCUCCAUAAAAAGUUCGAAUUCUUGUUAUCUAUUGAUUCUAAGUUGAGGCUCUUAUUGAAACUUGGACCAAAACAAUCAAUUGUUGAUGCUGUAUCGAUUCUCUUAUUGAAAUAA